CUCCUCAACUUCUAUUUUACUCUCCCCAAACACUUCCUCCUUUGAGUCACCAAAUCAUAUCAAACAUGUUGAAAACAACAACGAUGAUGACCCUUCUCACCGCCCUCUUCCUGAUGGACCUAACUUCAUCCACCGCCACAUACACACCAACUUCCUCCGCCUCCACAGAAACGUACAUAUUUGCAAAGUGUACUCCCGAAAAGUUCUCUCCUGGCUCCUCCUUCGAGACCAACCUCAACUCCCUCUUCUCUUCCCUCGUCAGCUCCACCGUCGCAAGCCGCUACAAUAACCUCACCGUUGGUGGAAAACCCGAGCCGGCCGCUACCGUAUAUGGUCUCUUCCAGUGCAGCGUUGACCUAGACGCAACUUCUUGCUCCUCGUGCGUAUCACGUGCCAUAGCACUGGUGGGAAACACAUGUCCAAACUCGUACUCCGUGUUCUUGCAGAUGCAAAGUUGUCUUGUCCGUUACGACAAGAACUCGUUCUUUGGCGUUCAGGACAAAACAGAGAUGCUCAAGAAAUGUGGACAGCCGAUGGGAUUCAACGACCAGGAUGGGUUGACUAGGGUCGCUGACGUCAUGGGCUCUUUGAGUUCUGGAAGUGGACCCGACAGGACUGGAGGGAACGGGGAUGUUCGUGGUGUGGCUCAGUGCAUGGGUGAUCUAAGUUCAGCACAGUGUCAAGAUUGCUUGACUGAUGCAAUCGGACGGCUGAGAUCUGAUUGUGGUAUGUCCCAGGGAGGAUACGUUUACUUGUCCAAGUGUUACGCGCGUUUUAGCUACGGUGGUAGUCACGCACGUCCGAUUCCAAACACAAACUUUGGAGAAGACAAAGACGAUAAAGAUAAUGACGGAAUCGGGAAAACAUUGGCGAUAAUAAUAGGGAUCAUCACCUUAGUUAUCUUGCUCGUUGUGUUUCUCGCUUUUAUUGGAAAGCAAUUGAGAAAACUACAAGACGAGAAAUGUUGUAAAUGAAAGGUAAAAGUGGGAAAGAGAUCAAUCAACAACUCUAGUCGAGCCGUGUAAUGCUAUAGUUGUAGUUAUAUUGUAUUUUGCAGUUGAAUUUUGUAUUAUUAUCAGCUUCUACAGCCAAAACAAUUUAAAUGGAAAAUAAUUAACAAAACGUCCUUCUUAUCUUGUAUUUGGAUAUGGACGUAGCA